AUGCCUACAGAAAUAAUGAAUUUCUUCAAAACUCACAAUGAAGUUGAACUUCGGAACAGAAUUCUCUCACUAUGUGCGGACGUUUUGGGUGGCAAAUGGUCCGAAGUGCAUCCAAACAACAUCUGUGUCGCACCUAUUCCAGGCGGUCUUACAAAUCUCGUUUAUCUCGUUUCUCGGACUAAAUUUUCUUCGUUGGAUGAACAACCUGAUACCGUACUACUUCGCAUUCAAUCGCAAACAGAUUAUGAGAAAUUGCUCAAUGAACUUGUUGUUUUCACUACUCUGGCAGAAAAGGGUCUUGGACCCAAGCUGCUUGGCGUCUUCCCGGGUGGACGAUUUGAGGAGUACAUCCCUAGCAGAAACUUGGAACAUCAUGAAGUAACAGAUCCAAGAACAUGCUUUCUGCUGGCGCGUCUGCUACCAGAAUUUCACUCAGUCAAUGUUCCUGUUUACAAACGACCUUCUAUUCUUAACCUGAUGCGUGAAUGGUUGACACUUUUCAAGGAGCAAGGCAAUUCCUGCAUCCAAAUGAAAACUACCUCAUUUCAGUUGUAUCCAAAUACGUUCCCUUCAACAAUCUCGACAAGCGAUCUUUUUCGCGAAAUUGACUCCGUUGAAGAGUUUCUCAGCACCACAAUCUCUCCAGUAGUGUUCUGUCACAACGACUUAACGCUUAAUAUUCAUAUCGGGUCCGAAUAUAGUCUAUUACGGGAGAUCAAGCAGUUUCAACCUAUUGUACAUCUUUUUUGGGCAAUUUUCAACCUAUAUUGCGAAAAGGAUACAUUGGCAAUUAUGGAUUGUGGUGCAUAUGCACGCGAUCGUUUGGCGCUCUACUAUCAAAGUCGAAACCUUAAUAUUCAUAUCGGGUCCGAAUAUAGUCUACUACGGGAGAUCAAGCAGUUCCAACCUAUUGUGCAUCUUUUUUGGGCAAUUUUCAACCUAUACUGCGAAAAGGAUACAUUGGCAAUUAUGGAUUGUGGUGCAUAUGCACGUGAUCGUUUAGCGCUCUACUAUCAAAGUCGAAACGUCCUUUGCGAUCGAUAG